AUGGCAAAGGUCCAACGGUUUAGAAGCAUUAGGCAACUUCACACAAUAAUAUCUCAAGAAACCAUUAGACCCUCUUCACCAACACCUCCACACUUAAACACUUAUAACCUCUCGUUGCUGGAUCAGUUUGCCCCUAACAUGCGUAUGCGAAUAGUUUUCUUCUACCCAAAGUACAAAACUGGUGACUCCAACAUCCUAAAGCAAUCGUUAGCUAAGUGUUUGACGCAGUACUACCCCUUGGCAGGUAGGUUUCCGACACCUCCUGCACCAUACAUUAACUGCAACGACGGUGGGGCUGAGUUCUUGGAAGCUAUUAAUGAUAGUCCACUCGAUGAGUUCAUUCAAAAAAAUGAGCAAGACGAAGCCCUAGACCAACUCUUUCCUUAUGGUCUGAGUUGUAUUGCUCACAAUACUAGACCUGGCUUGGUCGAGGUCCAGCUGAACCAUUUUGCUUGUGGUGGAGCGGCAGUGGCUGUGUCAAUGUCGCACAAGGUUGCUGACGCAUUGACAAUGGCCACCUUCAUCAACCAUUGGGCCAUUACUAAGCGUUUUCAGUCGCCAAUAAACCCAUAUUUCAUUUCAUCCUCCACAAGUAAUAAAAUUAUGCCAGAGUUCAUGAUUAAAGAGAUAGAUAAGGUUAAAUAUUCGUCGAGGAGAUUUGUAUUUCCUAAUGCAAAACUAAAUGAGCUCAAGAACAAGGUUAUGGCAAUGUGCACAGCUCCGACCAACCCCACUCGGGUUGAAUUGUUGGUAUCUCUCCUAUUUAAACACGCAGUGAGUGCAGCGACAACAAAGUCAGGUUCUUUAGAGCCAUCAAACUUGUUUUUAACAGUGAACAUGAGGAACAAAUUUUUAGAAAACUAUCCUCAAACAACAGCAGGCAACAUACUUGGGAUGGUGAUAGUAAAGAUGGCGGAUUCAGGUGAAAUCAGGUUGAAUGAGUUGAUUGUUGAACUAAGGAAAGGAAAAAUGGAGCUUAAUGAUCUAAGAGAUGUGCAGGAAGGAGGUGAAAACGUGGCAGACAUGUUCUCAACCCUACAAGGUGAUGUUAGCCGAGUUUAUAAUAUUUCAAGCGUGUGUAGGUUUCCAUUUUAUAAUGUGGAUUUCGGGUGGGGCAAGCCAGUAGAAGUUACAAUACGAGUUCCAAAUGUGGAGGCUAAUGGUCUGGUUCUGAUGGAUACUCCGUUAGGAGAUGGUAUUACUGCAUUUGUGCAUCUGCCAGAAGAAGAAAUGACCAUUCUUCAAAACGAUAACGAGUUCGUUACCUAUGUGGAAGACAUCUAA